GUGAAUGAUUGGCCACGCCUCUGUGUGCGCGAGGAGGCAGAGGCAGGUCGGGUGGUGGAGUCUGAUUGAAGCCGUUCAGUGAAGAAACUACAGCGGGAGGAAGAGCGGUCCGUCGGCGUUACUUGCACAUUUUUGACAGAGCACUCCCUUUAAAAUGGCGUACCACAGUCCGUACAAGGCGCCGCCACAUAUCAACGCUCCUCCGGACCAGGGCUUCCUGUGGAAUAUCUUCCAGAGGGUCGACAAGGACCGGAGUGGAGUGAUAUCAGACUCAGAGCUUCAGCAGGCUUUAUCGAACGGCACAUGGACUCCUUUCAACCCAGUGACGGUACGCUCCAUCAUAUCCAUGUUCGACAGGGAAAAUAAAGGUGGAGUCAACUUCAACGAGUUCGCCGGUGUGUGGAAGUACAUCACAGACUGGCAGAACAUCUUCAGGACCUACGACAGAGACAACUCCGGCUUCAUCGAUAAGAACGAGCUCAGGCAGGCGCUAACUGGAUUCGGGUAUCGUCUAUCAGACCAGUUCUACGGCACACUGAUAGAAAAGUUCGACCGCCAGAGGAAGGGACAGGUUGCCUUUGAUGACUUCAUCCAGUGCUGUAUUGUACUACAGAGGUUGACUGACGUGUUCAGGCGGUACGACACAGACCAGGACGGCUGGAUCCAGGUUUCAUAUGAACAGUAUCUAUCCAUGGUCUUCAAUAUAGUAUAAUGCACACGGAUCACCACAGAAGAGCACAACUGGACACAACUGUGCCAAAGCUAGCGGCACCUCCCGGAUGUUUGCCAAUGGACACUACAAGAUUUUUUUAAACUUUACUUCAGGCCAAUUUAGCAAUUUCACACACAUUUAUGAAAACUAACACACUGAAACAUGAAAAACAAGACAGUAUGUCAGUUGUUUUGAGGUCCAACUACAGUGCUUGAUGCAUUUAAAAAAAUCUUGUAGUGUUAGAUGACCUAUCUGAGCUACAUCUGUGUUGGGGUUGGUUAAUCUGAAUGGACACACCUUGUCUUUCUGUCUGUCAGUCUGUCUGUUAUUGUCAAUAACCUUUUUAAUGUCUUAACUUUAAUUGAUACAAUUAAAAAAAAAGAAAAAAAAGAAGAAGAAAUCAACUCUGCUGAGAGUGAAAACGAUGCAUUGUAAAUAUGAUUUAAGAUGCAUUGCAUGCUUUUCAGGGAAAUUUAGCCCCACGUCGAAGCAUGCUUUCCCUUUCUCUUGUCUUUUCCUCAGCCCUGUUUUGCUCAAAGCCAUGUUUACAAAAACAGUGAAGGCAGGUAAUAUUCUGCUCCGAGAUUCACUGACAUGCCAGCUUACAUGCCAUAUUUGUACAAACUUAUUUUUAACAGCGAACCUUCAAAAUGUUAGAACCUAUAAUUUUUGGUAGAGGGUUAAGCAUAAUGCCUUUAGUAUGGCUUAUUUUUUGUGCAUGAUGCCUUAAAAUGUGUAAAAACGACACAAAAAGAGAAAUCUUUUAUUAAAAAAAAACUGAAAAUCCUU